CAAUGACAAGAAGAUCUUUGAUCUUGUCCUUGCUUCUGGGGUUGGCUUGUUUCAUUGUAAUUGGUGCUUAUGGGGAGAAGAACUUGCCUCCUAGAACCAUUUCUGGUAGCAAGUAUCAUGAGGCAAUUCAUAAACUACAGUCAUUUAAGGUCUCUUUAACUAGACAUGAUUCCAUUGCUUCAGAACCACCAUCUUCCUUCUCACCCUCUUCUAGCCCUUCUCCUUCUCCUCUACCACUUAAGGGUGUGAACAAUCCAAAGGUAUACCUUGUGACAUCUUAUGGUGCAGAUCCAACAGGAAAUUCAGAUAGCACUGAAGCACUCCUUGCAGCCAUAGCAGAUGCAGUCAAGGGAACAAGUGAAGGGUAUUUGAUGGAGGGCAUUAGUGACCUUGGAGGUGCCCAGAUUAAUCUUGAAGGUGGAAAUUACUUGAUCAGCCAGCCACUGCAAUUGCCAGUGUCUGGCGUGGGGAACCUAAUGAUACAUGGGGGAACCAUAAGAGCCUCAAAUAAUUUUCCAGAAGAUGGUUAUAUCAUUGAUUUGUCAACCUCUUCUAAUGAGAACAAUGGAGAAAACGGGAAGAAUUCCCCUUCAUCAUUCUACAAUUACGAGUACAUGACUCUCAAGGACCUCUUGUUGGACUCAAACUUUAGGGGAGGAGGCAUUUCAAUCAUAAAGUCACUUAGAAUCAGCAUAGACAACUGUUACAUCACACAUUUCACCACCAAUGGAAUUUUUGUCCAAAGUGGCCAUGAAACCUACAUUAGGAACUCCUUCCUUGGCCAGCAUAUAACUGCUGGUGGGGAUAAAAAUGAAAGGAACUUCUCAGGCACUGGAAUAAACCUCCAGGGUAAUGAUAAUGCUGUCACAGAUGUUGUAGUUUUCUCUGCGGCUAUAGGAAUAAUGGUUACUGGUCAAGCCAACACUUUUUCUGGUGUACAUUGUUACAAUAAGGCCACUGGCUUUGGAGGUACAGGGAUUUAUUUGAAACUACCCGGUUUGACACAAACCAGGAUUGUGAAUUCUUACAUGGAUUACACCAGUAUUGUUGCAGAAGAUCCUGUUCAACUCCAUAUCUCUAGCAGUUUCUUCCUUGGUAAUGCAAAUAUUGUCCUAAAAUCUAUGAAUGGGGUUGUAAAUGGUGUCAGCAUUGUUGAUAACAUGUUCUCUGGGUCAAAUAGUGGGGUUGAAAUAGUUCAGCUGGACCAAUCAAAUAGUCCUUUCAAUCAAAUAGACCAAGUUAUUGUUGACAGGAAUGUUGUGAGGGGGAUGAACUCAAAGGCCACAGUUGCAAAAAUGUCCAUGCAAGGGAAUGGAACAUCAUGGAAUGUUGAUUUUAACAACAUUCUGCUUUUCCCUAACCUUAUAAAAAAUGUUCAGUACUCAUUAAGCUCCACAGGAAGCACCUUCCCAAAUCAUGCUCUGAGGAAUGUGUCUGAGAAUCGAAUAGUGAUUGAAACAAAUGAAGCAGUCACUGCAAAUGUUUUUGUUACUGUGGAUCAAAGUAUGACAAGUUGA